AUGUCACAGAAAAGGUUUUGCGGUCUUCGAUUGGGUGCUGUAGGAUGUGUUAUGGGAAUAAUAUUCUUCUUAAUAGACAGAAGCAUAGCUGCUUUAGAUGGCUAUGCUCCUGGAGAAGACUACCCCAUUUAUACUGAAGUACCCAAUGGCUUGUCAUUUACAUGUGAUGAUAAAAUACCUGGUUACUACGCUGACCCAGAGACCAUGUGCCAGGUGUGGCAUUGGUGCGUUCCCGGUAUUGGCGGCAACACGAUGUACUCUUUCAUCUGUGCCCCUGGUACUGUAUUCAACCAGAGAUCGAGGGUGUGCGAUUGGUUCUUUAAGGUGGAUUGUCCCAAUGCGCCUUCUGACUAUGGAAUUAAUAAUGACCUUUACAAAGAUGAGGAAGGCAACUUUAUUGCUGGGAAAAAGUAG